UUUGCCGUGAGUCAAAGACGGUUGACUAACGAUUUGCACCCAAAAUGAUAGUUAGAGUAUCAAAAGUUAAGAGCGGGUAUAAUUAAUGUAACAAUUUUUCCUAACCGAAUUAAUAUUUAUGUGACCAACUAUCACAACCUAAACCCUGAAGCGGAGAUUUUAGGACCUCCCGCCUCCGUUCUUAGCGCACGAUGCUCGGAACGCGGCAAACCACCGUCCCCCGGGCAGCGCUCCGGAGGCUGAGAUACUCAUUCAAUCACCCAGGCGGCAGCACCACCGUCGUAACCCUAGUUCCUCAGUAUUCUCUCUUCAAAUAUCCUAUUAAGUCCCCAUUAGCAUCCAAUGCCAAUUCCUGUUUCAGCACUAGAAUCAUCGAUCGAGAAUCUUUUUCUCGUUCCAUUAGAUUCUACUCAACUUGCUUAUUCUCCAAUUCUUCAUCUCCUCGCGAUGUUGGUUCUUCGAGCUGCAGUAAUAGCAGUGUCGAGAACAAUGAAGCUGAUGCCGACGAGGCAACGGACGAGGCUUACGAGGCAAUGAGAAAUGCAGCCAUGGACGACGCGUACCACGCGAUUGAGUUGGCGUUGGACUCGGUGGUGAAGAUUUUUUCCGUGGCGAGCAGUCCAAGUUAUUUCCUUCCUUGGCAGAAUAAAAUUCAGCGUGAAUCAAUGGGCUCCGGAUUUGUUAUUUCGGGUAGGAGAAUCCUGACAAAUGCACAUGUUGUGGCUGAUCAUACGUUUGUUCUUGUAAGAAAGCAUGGUUCUCCCAUCAAAUAUAAAGCAGAGGUGCAGGCAGUUGGGCAUGAAUGUGAUUUGGCUAUCCUGGUUGUCGAAAAUGAAGAGUUCUGGGAAGGAAUGAACUUUUUGGAGCUUGGUGACAUUCCUUUUAUCCAAGAAGCUGUUGCUGUUGUUGGUUAUCCUCAAGGUAAUGCUGCUGUUGACAUCAGUUAUGGCAUGUGGUUGAAGGAUGAGGACUUUGAUCGGCUUGAGAGGUGUCUUCUGUGUUUGCUUGGUGGACAAAAUUUUUGUAAGCAACUCCAUAAGUUUGGUGAUAGCCUCCUCGACAUUGGUGGGGAUAAUAUUUCUGUUACAAAAGGGGUUGUCUCCAGGGUUGAGCUAACACAAUAUGUACAUAGUGCAACCCAGCUUCUGGCGAUACAAAUUGAUGCUGCCAUAAAUCCAGGGAACAGUGGUGGCCCGGCAAUAAUGGGCGACAAAGUCGCGGGCGUGGCUUUUCAGAACCUUUCCAAUUCGGAGAACAUUGGUUAUAUAAUUCCUGUCCCAGUCAUAAAGCGGUUCAUUGAGGGUGUUGAGGAAACUGGAGACUACGUUGGAUUCUGCAACAUCGGUUUGUCCUGCCAACCAACUGAAAACGCGCAACUUAGGGAACACUUUAAAAUGUGUCCUGAUUUGACUGGCGUACUCGUGAGUAGAAUCCAUCCAACAUCUGAUGCGUAUAGGCAUCUGAAGAAGGAUGAUAUUAUUCUGUCCUUUGAUGGUGUGCCCAUAGCAAAUGACGGGUCAGUUCCCUUUCGGAAUAGAGAGCGCAUAAUAUUUGAUCAUUUGAUCUCAAUGAAGAAACCCAAUGAUACUGCUCUGGUUAGAGUGUUGAGAGAUGGCCGAGAGCUAGAAUUUUCUAUUACUCUUCGUCCAUUACAGCCACUUGUUCCAGUUCAUCAAUUUGAUAAGCUUCCGAGUUAUUACAUUUUUGCUGGCCUUGUCUUCAUUCCGCUAACCCAUCCCUAUCUUCAUGAGUAUGGAGAAGAGUGGUAUAAUACGUCACCUCGUCGACUGUGUGAACGAGCAUUUAGGGAAGUGGCCCAGAAAGCCGGUCAACAACUCGUUAUUCUCUCUCAGGUAUUGAUGGAUGACAUCAAUACAGGAUAUGAACGUCUUACGGAAUUGCAGACUCUUAUUUUUAUUGUUUUCUUUAUAAACUUUGUGGGUAUUGAUUUCCUAGACAAGGUUCAAGCAGCUGCUGUUUUUUACCUUGGAGCUUCACUAGCAUCUGUCAAAGGGCUAGCUAUAAGUUGCUGCAAAGAUGGAACAGAUACUGUGAAGAAGGUGAAUGGUACGGAAGUCGACAACUUAAAACAUUUGCGACAACUUGUGGAAGAAAAUCACAUUGGGAAUGUGAGAUUUGAUUUGGAUGAUGGAAAGGUGAUUGUUUUAGACUACGAUUCGGCAAAGGUGGCCACGUCCCGGAUACUAAAACGCCAUAGGAUACCUUCUGCUAUGUCUAGUGACCUCAACGACGAACAAAUUGCGCCGGAUGUUGAGCUUGCUUGUUCAAAUUGAGAUUUUUCUAGUUGUGAUUGAAGUUAUUUUAUUCAGAUUUUGAUUCUGAUUAUUAUUUUUUAUUUAAAUCAUUUUGAAAGGACAGGGAGAGAGAUAUUUGUUAGGUGAAUCGUCUCCAGUGGUUGUAUGUAGGACUUCUAAGCAUGUUUUAUUUAUUGCUCCAGGAAUCCUCCUUUUUUAUUUAUUUUUUUUCUAUAUAUUUUUUAUUCUAA